CAUAUUCUAGCCCCGCCUCCUCUGCUCCUCGCCCCGCCCCUCACCCUCCAGUUCCAGCCGAGGUUACCAUAGCUACGGUGCACACAGCUGCUCCGCGUACCUAUUUGGACCCCUGCUGGCGGGAGGGGAGAGGAGGCACCAUGAGCCAAACCAUGACCAUCGUGGAGCCCCAGGCCAAGCAGCAGGGGUCUCAAACCCGAUGCGAGGUGAAUUCGGGGGCCAAGGGCCACGUCUCCUGCAGCCGAACGUAUGAUUACCUGUACGAUCCGUUGUUUACUGUGUCAAGUGAGCAAGACCACACACAGGCAAAUGUCCAAGCAUUCCUGAGUCGAAGCAGACUGAGGAAAGUUCCCAGGUUUAGGACUAUGUUCAGUAACCUGAUCCAUUACCCAAGACAUUCUCUAUAUUGGAGCAAGGCAGAUCCUGUCCCACCAUUCAUCAGUCGGGAAUGGAGGGGACAUGAGCAGAAACGGAGAGAAACCCUCCAGCAACUUGGCAUAUGUGACACUUCUUUUCAAAUGCCUAAAGAAGUUUAUGAAGAUCCUGAUGUUACUGGGAAGAAUCGCUAUAAAUAUUUUGAAAGGCCGUUCCUUCCAUUCUUUCAGCAGAUGCCACCCACUGUUGCUUUGGCAUCAACCAAAAAAGAGACAUAUACUUUUCCUCCUGGUUCGUCUAAGCGCCCACCCACCCCUUCAAAGUACACUGUGGGCAUUCAGACGGAUUAUCGUGAUUCCGAAGUUCAAACAGACCCGUAUUCUCCAGAAUACAUAGUAUGUCAGGAUUCAAUCCCUGAGCUCUUGACCCUGGCUACUCUGACUUGGGGUCGAGGUCUCCCGGCAGGACAAGCUGAGGUGGAGAUGAUAGAACGUGCCCGGGAGAAGCGUGCCUGGGAAGCCACUCUCCCGCCUCUGACUGACACCUCCCACUUUGAGAAGAGGAGGAAGAUGAUGAAUGAGAUGGAGAGGAAGGAGUGGGCCUUCCGAGAGCAGGAGAUUGAAAGGCUGCAGGAGAUUCGCCUGGAAAUUCUAAAAGAGCUGCUGAGGAAACGUCUCAAGAAUAGCAAUGAAAUGACUAUGAAGCACUUGAAUGCCCAAUGGUCUAACCUGCAGGAAGCAAAGGAGGCAAAAUUGGCAAAAAUUCGUCGUACACAUGUAUCAGCAAUCAGAAAACUUAUGGGAAAGAGAAAGAAUGUAGAAGAGAAGUUCGAGAGAAGAAAUAUCAUCAAGGACUAUUCUGAUUAUGCAUCACAGGUCUAUGGACCUUUGUCUCGCCUUGGUCGUUUCCCAGACAAUGAUGAGGACUUUGCAGUAAAAAAUCACUAUCUUGAAACCUAUGAAGGAUUAGUCGAACUUGAGUCCUGUCUCCCAGAUUUUGUGACACAGCCCCGAAUCAAAGCUCCAAAACCUAAAGUCACAACCACCAAAGCUGGCUUUCUAAAGAGGGCGGCAAAGCUGGAGAACGAGUUGGCAGAGGUUCAUAAGGCACUGUUGGAUAAGAAGAAUAAGGUUCCUGAACCAAAGAAACCUCUGCUCUUUCUUCAAAGAAAGCCAAUACCCCAACCUCGGCUUCCAACUCCAACCUUGGAAAUGACUUCCACUGAAGAAGAAGAUAUAGAAAAGGCUGUUAUCUUCCUUCAAAAGUUACUCCGGGGCAGAGUCGUUCAGAAUGUGAUGUUUGAAGGGAAAGAAAAGCGACUGGAGUUGAUCCAGGAGCUGCGCGCCACCCACGUGCUACAAGACGAUGACAGGCUGGUGAGGAAAACCGAGAAGCAAGUGACACUGGCCCUGCAGCGGCAGAGGAACUUGCAUGAACACAAGGUGUCACUAGUUGAAAACCAUCUGACUGGACUGGAAGGAAGGGUGCUGGCAGACAUGUUCGACUUCCUGUCCAAAGAGCUGGUGAGACUCCAGGAAGAGAGGAGAAUCCAUGCCUUUGCCAUGCUGGCCGAACGACAGCGGAGGAUGCGGGAAGCUGAGGAGAGUGGUCGGCGACAGGUGGAACAGAGGCGCCUGCGGGAGGAGGACGAGAUAUUUAAGGAGGUGGUUAAAGUUCACCAGAGUACUAUAUCUUCAUAUCUGGAAGACAUAAUACUGAAAACCGAAGACAAAACUGCAGAAGAACAAGCCAGGGCGGAAAUUGAGAAGAAAGCUAAGGAAAUCAAUGACAUUGCUUAUGAAAUGGAAAGCCGUCGAACUCAGCUUCAGUCAGAGGAGAUUGUUGCUGAGUUGGUUUAUAGUUUCCUGAUCCCAGAGGUGCAAAAGGACUUCGUCAAAGAAAAAGUGAGGAACGCACAGCGGAAGCAUAUUCUUGCAGCCCAUCAGAUUAUCCACAGGCACACAGGAGACAUGCUUGCAAGGGACUUUGCUGAGCGACCGCAAGAUGAGCACUGACAAGUUACUUAAGGAAAAAACUCAGAGUGAGAAAGACAGCUAAGGCUAUGAUCUUUUUAAAAGAAGCUAUACAAAUCAUCAUAAAGAAUUUCAGUAGUCCGUGCUUCUCCCAAGAUGUGUGUCUCUUAUGGGCUUGUCAAUGUGUGAUUCAUGAAGAGUAUAUUUCUCUUAAACUCACAAUAAUUUAAAAUGGUGUUCAGUAAUAAUAAUCAAAUGAAGGAGCUUUAUUCUCUUUGGUCUGUGUGCCAAAAGGCAUGACAAGAAGCUUCAUAGCAGGACCAUUUAUGAGAGGCCUAAACUAGAAACCCAGAUGUCCAUCUACAUUGCAAUAGACAAAUGGUGCUAUAGUAAUACCAUCAGCUCACUACUGGGCUUUAGAUCUAAGAAGUAUAUUCAUGCAACACCUGUAGAGAGGGCGAUGUUAGAGAGCCAUCUGCCCAUCCUGUGCUGACAAACAUCAGUGUUGGAUGGAUCCUUCCUCAUUUAGAGAUAGGUAAAUAGGAAAAACAAUAAAUAAACAAAAGCAUCAACAACAAAUUAACAUGGGACCUGUGCAAAGAAUUGACAAAAGAAAAUGUAUGUUACUCUAAAAAUGUAUGUUACUCUUAUAAAAUACCUUAUUAUAGAAAACAAGAAACAUUAUCUGCUUGAUGUUUUGAAUAGGAGGCAAAAAAAAGUGGCCUUUUAGGAAACUGAAACAGGAAGUAAUAAGAACAGACAGCAGCCAGAGAACAGACAGAUGCAGGCUGAAAAGAAAAGAAAGCUGGCUGGUACUGGAAAUAAUGGGGGGAACACUAUGUGAAGUAGAUGACUGUCUAACUGCUAUGCUGUACACCUGAACUAAUACAAAAUAAUACUGAAUGUAAACUGCAUUUGAGCAAAAAUUUUACAUUAAAAAAAUAAAGCUGGCUAGAUGAAACACACACACACACACACACACACACACACGCACACACACACACAAGGCUAAAAAUCCAAUGACAUCAUUUGGAUGAAGUUAAAAGAACAGAUAUCUCACAGCAGAGAAUAAAAUUGGUAUGUAGCUGACAAAAUUGUUAAGUCGUCCAGUAUGGGGUGGGAAGGAAAGGGCAAAUUUUGAAAAGGACAAAGGAACCAAAACAUGUAAAAUGGAAACAAUAAUCAAAGAUUUUCUGAGCUGAAAAAAUACCUGAUCAUUCAAACUUGAAAGGCUUUACCUUGUCCUUGAAAAGCCAGGAUUGGGCAUCUUUUUCCCCGUCCUGAGGAUCACAGACAAACAGAUAAGCACUACACAAGUAAGAAGGCAAUUGAAUUUUGUUUUUUCCUUUAAAAUUGCUAACCUGAGAUAGGUAAAGGUUAUAUUAGUCAAUCCUGAAAAAAAAAUCAGGAACACAAAAUGAGAAGAAUUGAGUUAGGGUAGACAGGAUAGAAAGUGGGAACAACUGACUUUCUUUGUAAAGAGCCUAAAGUAACUAUUUUAGGCUUUGCAGGCCAGAUGGUCUCUGAUGCUGCUACUCAACUCUGCUGUUGUAGAGUGAAAACAGGCAUAAAUAACACAUAAAUGAGUAACUGUGGCUGUGUUCCAAUACAACUUUAUUUACAAAAACUGGCAGCAGACAGGAUUUCGCCCAUGGACCAUAGUUUGCCCAUUCCUUCUCUAUAGCGAUGAACUAAAGUUAAAAUCAAUACCAACUUUUAAAAGGAUUUA